AGACUAUAAUUAUGACGUGAUUUAGCAACCAUGUGGCAUGGCCCUCGAGCUCAAUUGUUCUCCAAAUCUGAUUAUCAACGAUGGCCACCUUAUAAUAAGUUCAGAUUCACCGUACUAUGCGCCACAACGUUCUCCCUCACCUUCACUUCCCCUGAUUCAACAGUGGAGAUGGCGAGCAGUACUACCAAACGUACUCGAGCACUUACCGACACAUCGGAGGCGCCUCCUUCCAAGCAGCAACGGCCCAUCGAUAGGCUUCUUCGGUAUACUGUCCUCAAUUUAACACACGACCAGCAUGCCGCCUAUGACAAGGCAGCCGUAAAUACUAACGCCUUGCCCUCUACGACCGUGAUAGAUGCCCUUAAAGACGCUCCGAAGGCACUGGUUGACUCACUCGCGCAAGCGAUAAUCUCCGUGUGCCGCACAUGUCCUGAUUAUAUGAAACAAGACCUUUCAAAACAAGAAGUGGUGGAAUGGCUGACAGAAUCAACCGCACUGCGUGAGACUGUUGUGGAUGCAUUUCGGAAGCAGUCCUUCAAGGCUAUUCGGGACCUAGCCAUCUUCCAGUCGGAAACAGCAGGGGCCGUACCCAGAAGCACGGCCCAACGACUUCAGGUAGACCUGAGUACUUAUGAAAAAGUAAUCCAGUCUGCGUGGGAAAUUUCAUAUGUUGGAAGUCACCCAGAGCUCUUCGUCUACAACCUAAACCAUUCUACUCGAAAUCCGAACAGUCAUUACUGUAAUUCCGUCUCUAUUGUACAGAGUUCGGGAUCUGGGAAAUCAAGGAUGGUUCGCGAGGCGUCAGGUUUGGUGUUUACGAUCCCUUGUAAUUUGCGCCCGCCCCAGGAGUCUGCUGUCAACGCAUAUCCACCCUCAGACAAGGUGGUCUUUGAUCACCUUUCAAUGGGGUCUAGUACCGAGCAACAAGUUCUGCACCGCUUCUUAAAUUACUUUACUUCCUUGUUCAAGGAAGUUACUAGGAGAGUUGAGAUGUUGAUGCCGAACGAGCGUCCCACUACCUACGAGGAGCUGACAUUAAGAUGGCGCCAGCAUCUGGAAAGGGGCAAUGGCGCGGAGCGGAAAUCCAUGUAUGAGAGUGUUAUAAGCGAAGCAAAGGCUUUAGACGUUAAGAUUUUCGCCAAGAAAAACAAAGACAUGUUGAACAAUAUGAUGCAAGCUCUCCGGGGGUUGCUGCGUAUAGUUAUCUCGCUAAGAUACUCCAAACGUGGGUCUUGGUCAAAGAUAGAGUCCGAGGACGUGAAACUGCUCUUAUGUUUCGAUGAGUCACAGACACUGGCUAAACAACGGGUCCUCGGUGCGGAUGGGAAGCCAGUAUGCGAGAAAAACUAUUAUCACAUCUUUCUCUCUUGCCUCAACGAGUGGCUGCAAGACGUGAACGGUACCCAGGUUAUGGCUGUGUUCCUCUCAACCAAUUCGGAUAUCUAUGACUUGGCUCCCUUGCCCGAACACGUUCCUUCAGCUCGUUACAUGAACAGUCGCUCCAACCUUCAGCCUCCUCUUAACGAGACUCCGUUUGACUGUUCACCGGAUCUGCCGUUGGGGACAGAUGAGCUCAAUAAGCUCACUCUGGCAAAAGCAUCUCAAAUCAGCUUUUUGGCGCGGUUCGGACGACCUCUCUGGUGGUCGUUUAUCCGAGGCGGCUACCAAGCCAAUGACUACGGUGCCCUGGCGAUUGAGGAAGCUCUUAUCACCAUCGCAAGAUGCAAGUUGUUGUCUGUCGGCGACCAAGCAUUACUUACCGAGUCGCCUUCCACAUUCAAGCGUCAUGCAGUGUCCGCUAUUCUCGACGUGCUCAUCAAACUGGAUUACGAAUCAAGUCGCGAGUCAUUCGAACGAGAGUUAGAAUUAGUUGCAAGCAAUAUGCGACUCAUAUAUUCCGUCCCGCAAUCUCGCUAUCACAUUCGGACCGGGUACUCUUCCGAGCCAAUUUUGGCGGAGGCUGCAGCGCAGCAAAUGUACCAAUUCAUGUGUCUGGAAGGCGGUGAAGGUGUCAUGAGUACCAUCCUCGAACAAAAUUUCGAGUUUGGCUCUACGUCCUUAAUAGACGACGGUCAACGAGGUGAAGUGGUUGCGCGCCUUUUGAUCAUGACGGCGUACAUUCGAGCCGUGGCUCGGGAACAAUCAGACGAGACUAAGGUUUUCUUCAGCCGAGGAUGCAAGCUUAUCACAUUUAUCGAAGAGCUUUACCCCGAGCACGAGGCAGAAGCAUUGCUGGAUAGUGUCCCAUCGAACCUGACGUCUAAGAAGAAAUUUAGAGACGUAUUCAAGAAAUCCAUCAUUCGCCUCACCCAUUUCGUUCGUGCAGGCGACGACUCUGCGACGACCGUUCCUGCGAUGAAAGCCGCAUUCAUCCGGUGUAUGGGCUUCAUCUGCUCAUGGACGCAGAACACGGUUGACUUUAUGAUUGCAAUUCUAAUCGACGAAGAUCUCCCUAUCACCGACAGCAACAUAACAGCCAUGAUGUGGCAAAUCAAACGACGUCGCGACAAGGGGGCAAUCAAUACAUACGAUAUUCGACAAGAUAAAAUCAACUUUUUCCCGAAGGAUCCGCAGGACGAGACGCCAUACAUAACGAUUGUGGCUGAGCUAGGUGUACAACCCCCCAGGCCCCGUCAUCUCAGAACAGCAGUGAAAGUUACCGAGCGUGCACGACUCCUUGUCGCUAAGGGGCAGCAACCAGCUGAACGACCUGCUCCACCGUCCAAACAGAAGCCACUCGCGACUCCUUCUCACAUGCGUGUUAUUUCGCAGGGUACUACAAAGCAUCCUAGAGAUAAACAUCCGAAGUAUAGUGUCUUUGUGUACGGCUGCUCGCCGACGAUCUACAAAGUAAUCAGUGAAGAGGAAAGGAACAGGUUUCACAAACUCCUUGCGCUGAAGGAUUUUCUCGACGAACACCCCCGACAGCACAUAGAGAGCUUGAAGGCAGUACGCAAAUUAAAACCCGUCUGGUAUUUGGGAAUCGAAUUUUAUCACUGGUUGCUCGACCCGUUUCUGCAGAAUCGUAGAAUCCCAGAAAGCGAGGACAACAAGCAAAGCAGGGAAGACGAGUACAACGAGCAAAGCAAGGAAGACGAGUACACCACGCAGCCUUGCUUUGCGGUAGGUACGGCGGCGGACUAUGCUAUAGAGCAUUUCGAGGAUCAAGAUUUCGACGAAAUCCCAUCUAGUAUUCCUGAGGAAACGGAGCUAGCUGAAGGUAGUACGGAUGUUUUUGGUCCGGUUGAACCCCCGCAUGCAAGGGCCCCUUAAUCCACACAAUGCCCAGGUCGAUCGCGCAUUUAGACAGAAGAGAUAUCCCAUAGUCAUGAUAUCCAUGCUCAUGUAAAAGGAAUAGAUACAAGAAUAGGAGUCGUGUCUCGAAGGAAGACACUUGCUUAUGCCUAGUUGUUCUGCGUUACGCGCUGACAGCGCACCGUAGCAAAUUCUACAGAAUACCACCACCUUCCUCUAGGACGCAACGAAUAUUAAGAGCAUAGAUGAGAACGAUUAUACAUGACCAUAAAUAUACAUUUCCAAAUACACUAUUGUGACAAAG